UGGGUUUGGGAAUUGAUUGUGAUGAUUGGGAAAUAUUAUAAUAAUUUGUAUUUGUAACUCUAACCCUAAUAAUUUGAUAAAUAACCAAUAAUGUCUGAUGAAGAAGAAAGUGUAGCAAAUUCAGAUUUUGAAAAAGAUAAUGAAAGAGUAAGGCAAUUGAACAUGAAUUUACGUACUUCUGUCCUAUUAUCAUGAGUGCCCGCAAACAUACAAUUAUUGAAAGCAUCAGGAAUGAGUUAUCAACUCUAUCUUUUGAAGAUCUUCAAAAACUAAAAGAGAAAGUUGGUGCUAAAGUUUACAAAGAAGUAGUGUUUGGUAAACAGUCUAUUAGCCAUGAGGCACGAGUGUUCAAGAGAGACAAUAAGAACAGACCCCGAGAAAUGAGCUCAAAAAAACCAGUGCGAAUGUUGAGAGAUGUUGUUUCUGUAAAAAAGCAAGAGCCCAGGGAUCCAAGGUUUGACCCACUUUGUGGUACUUUUGAUAAGAAAGAAUUUGCGGAAAACUAUAAUUUUCUCUCCAAUGCCCGUGUGAAUGAUAUGAAAAUGAUAAAAAAUGAGUUAAAACAGACAACAGAUCCAGAGAAAGAGUUGAGUCUACGCCGGCUGCUUCAAAGGCUGAAUGAUCAACAAAAGGCCACCAAAAGAAAGAAAUUGGAAAGUGAGAGAAAAGAUAAGCAACGCCUCGAGGUGGAAGCAGAAUUUAAACAAGGAAAGCAGCCCCAUUUCAAAAAUAAAUCUGAAGCGCGGGUCGAGUCUCUCGUGAAACAGUAUGAAGAAUUGAAGAAAAAAGGUGCAGGCCGUAUACAGAGGCAUCUGAAACGGAGGCAACAAAAAGUCAAAAAGCGCUCCUUUAGAACGCCUGUAACCACUAAUUAAUAAAACAACUUAUUUUUACAUGG